CUGUCUCUGACCUAAAUUAGAAUUAGUCAUAACAUGAAAUUAGUCGGUCGUGGGUCAUCUAAACAAAUACUUUCCUAGAGUAACUGAGGAUACCCUUUUGAUUUUGUAACCCCAAAUUAUUAGUUUUUUCUUCUUUCUGUUGAUGGAACCGUUUGAUCAGAUCUGAGGAGAGCUCUAAGGCUAAGGUGCUGGUUGAUUGUUAUGAAGUCAACUUCCAAUUCCAUUUUCCAGGCAGCUCCUCUUUGACCCUCCCGCAAACUCUCGCACCCCUCUUGGUUGCCGCAUUUCCUAACCGACGACGAGGAAUCGCUAACGCAGUCCGGCUUCGAACUCGAUCGCCACCGCCACGUAAUCUUCCACCUCAAAGCCAGCAGCGGCUUGCCAGCAGAGAAGAAGAAGAAGAAGAAGAAGAAAGAUGACUUCCUCCACCCACGGCGACGGCGGGGAUAGAGAUAUCGUCAAAUGCUUGCCAGCGGAGUGUUUGGCCCACAUCAUCACCUUCACUUCCCCUUCCGACGCCUGCAGAUCCUCCAUGGUUUCUCGUUCCUUCCAAUCAAUCGCCGAUUCUGACUACGUCUGGAAGAGCUUCCUCCCGUCCGAUCACGAGGAUAUCCUCUCCGGCUCCGAGUCCUGGCCGGAGCUCUCCGCGAAGGAACUCUACCUCCAUCUCUGUCACAACCCAGUCAUACUCACCAAUCAGACCAUGAGCUUUGCAUUGGAGAGACAGAGUGGGAAGAAAUGCUAUAUGGUAGGAGCCAGAGGACUUGAAAUCGUAUGGGGAAACACGCCUGCCUACUGGAUUUGGACAUGCUUGCCGGAGUCGAGGUUCGGGGAAGUGGCGGAGCUGCAGUAUGUGUGGUGGUUUGAUAUCAAGGGCAGGAUAGAGAGCAGAAUGUUGUCGCCGGCGACGAAUUAUGCAGCCUACUUUGUUUUCCAGUUCUCCAGGGAGCGGCGCGGGUUCAGCGACAGGGCAAUAGAUCUACGAGUCCAGUUGGAAAAGAGUGGAGAAGAGGGGGCGGAGAGCAAGUGCGUGAUAAUCGACCCUCCUGAUGGUGUGCCUAAACCAUACCAAGAAAGGGGAGAUGGAUGGUUAGAGAUUGAGAUCGGAGAGUUCUUCAACGACAUCGGUGUCGAUGACACAUUACUAUGCAGUUUGAUGGAAACGGAUGGGAGCUUUUUCAAGGCCGGCCUCAUCGUUGAGGGCCUUGAAUUCCGACCCAAGAUCACUAUGUAGCUAGCUAACCUGAUGAUCAAAGUUUAUCUUGUAACUUGUAUCAUCUCAGGUGUGUGUUUUGAAUAUUCUAUUUAUAACUCUCGAUAAACAUGCACAAGAGUUCUUCCAUGGUUGUUGGGUAGGUUGAAAAUCCAAUACACUUGGCGAAUAUAUUUGGAUUUGAAUU